AUGUCUUCCGCCAAAGAAUCGCCAGAGGCACUGUCUCAUAUCGACGUGGAGAAAACGGGCGCAACCGCAACCUCCUCCACAGAAGAUGAACCCCAAUAUCCAGGUUGGCGCAAGCUUACCCUGAUCAUGGCAGCACUCUACCUUGCCAUGUUCCUUGUAGCACUUGACCGGACGAUCAUUGGGACAGCUAUUCCCAAGAUCACAGAUGAUUUCCACAGCAUUAAUGAUGUGGGUUGGUAUGCAAGUUCGUACCUGAUCACGCUCUGCGCGUUCCAACUUAUAUAUGGACGUAUCUAUACCUUCUAUUCAGCGAAAUGGGUUUUGCUCUCAUCGAUAUUGAUUUUUGAAGUUGGAUCUGCUGUAUGUGGAGCAGCUCCAAGCUCCGUGGCGUUCAUUAUUGGCCGAGCUGUUGCUGGCUUGGGGUCCGCUGGGAUAUUCAGCGGGUGCGUUAUUACAAUGGUCAUCUCGAUCCCGCUUCACAGACGGCCCAUGUUCCAGGGGAUAUUCGGCGCAGUAUUCGGCGUUGCGUCCGUCUGUGGGCCGCUCAUUGGAGGUGCCUUCACGACGAGAGUUACAUGGAGGUGGUGUUUCUGGAUAAAUCUCCCAAUCGGCGCCGUGGUGGCUACUAUCAUUCUUUUUAUCCUUACGACGCCUCCUAGCAAGAAUACGGACACAGUCAAAGAGCAAAUCAUGAAACUCGACCCCUACGGAAGCGCUGUCUUCUUGCCCGGCAUCGUUUGCCUGCUGUUGGCAUUACAAUGGGGCGGGACGAACUAUAGUUGGUCCAAUGCUCGAAUCAUCGUUCUCUUCAUCUUAGCCGGCAUCCUCUUUAGUAUCUUCGUGGCCAUUCAAUUCAAGUCUGGCGACCGAGCUACAGUGCCCAUCCGCAUAAUCAAACAGCGUAGUAUCGCUUCCGGUGCAUUCUUCUCCAUGGUAUCUCCCGGGUCAAUGAUGGUAAUCAUCUACUUCCUCCCUCUUUGGUUCCAAGCCGUCAAGGGUGUGACAGCCGAAAAGUCUGGAAUCGACACGCUCCCCUUGGUUCUCUCGCUCGUGGUAGCCAGCAUAUUGAGCGGUGCCAUAACCCAGAAAUCGGGAUAUUACGUUGGGCAGCUGAUUGCAUCUUCGAUUAUCUCGUCCAUUGGUGCCGGGCUCCUGACCACGUUACAACCUGAUAGCUCAUCAUCGAAGUGGAUCGGCUACCAAUUUAUCUAUGGUUUUGGCUUGGGGCUCGGUAUGCAGCAAGCCUCGAUGGCAGCCCAGGCCUGUCUUGAGGAUAAAGAUGUUAUGACCGGUGUGUCUCUAAUGUUCUUUAUGCAGGGCUUAGGAGGCGCCAUAUUUGUCGUCAUUGGACAAACAGUCUUCACGCAGUCGCUGGUCUCCAAUCUCGGCGAAAUUGGCAAUUUUACCGCCUCCCAAAUCAUCAAUACGGGUGCAACAGAGUUGAAAAAUUUAGUCCCUCCUCAAAUGAUGGAUGCUGUACUGUUGGCAUAUAAUACCGCGCUCACUGAUACGCUGAAAGUCGCCGUCGGCUUAUCAGCUGCAACAAUAAUUGCAGGAUUAACCAUGGAGUGGAAGAACCUGAAGAACAAGCGGCAAGGCGGAGCGGCAGGGGAACUUGAAGCAAAGCAGGCAGAAGAGGAGGCGGCGCAAGAGAAUGGGCUAGCAGAGGCGGUUCCAUUGGAUAAGGAGACCUCAUUAGAGAGUACUCCGAGAAACGCCACACCUACCACACCUGAGAAAAAACCGCUACAUUGA